CUCUGAUCCUAGGUAUGGGCUUCCAAGUGGAACGAAAGAGCAUACUUCAGUACACGGAAAGUGAAGCUUGAUCAUGACAAUCUCUGCAUGGCUGUCCUUGUUCAAGAAAUCAUAAGUGCUGACUAUGCCUUCGUCAUCCACACUACCAAUCCAUCAACUGGGGACUCAUCGCAGAUUUAUGCCGAGGUGGUGAAAGGACUUGGCGAAACUCUAGUUGGCGCAUAUCCAGGGCGAGCACUAAGUUUUAUUUGUCAGAAAAAUGAUCUCAACUCUCCAAAGUUACUGGGCUACCCAAGCAAACCAAUUGGCCUCUUCAUUAGACGGUCAAUCAUCUUCAGAUCUGAUUCCAAUGGUGAAGAUUUGGAAGGUUAUGCUGGUGCUGGACUCUAUGACAGUGUGCCCAUGGAUGAGGAAGAGAAAGUGGUUCUUGAUUACACAAAUGACCCUCUAAUAAUAGAUCCAAAUUUCCGCAACUCCAUUCUCUGCAGUAUCGCAAAAGUUGGAAAUGAAAUCGAGCAGCUUUAUUGCUCUCCCCAAGAUAUUGAAGGGGUGAUCAAGGCUGGAAAGAUUUUUGUUGUCCAAACUAGACCACAGAUGUAGUUCAUUGUUGCUCUCAGAUUUGCUGCAUAUGCAGCAGUAAAGUCUAAAUAAAUAGCUGAAUAAGUAGACUCCUUUUAGACCUAAUUCAACAUGUGAUACUACAAUAAUUUUCCCCUGAUAAUAUAGAAGCAAGAUUCAGAGAGAAUAAGGCAGAUGUAUUCUUAAUGCCGUGAAUUAUACGGUUGUUAUCCUGUCCACUAUGAUGAGGAUGUAUUGAAAACAUUAAUUAUAAUAAGAUGUGGAGACUUCCAUUA